GGAUUUUGGUAAUCGGCGUAACGCGCAGUGUUGUGAAGACCACAAGACAAACAAGUGCAAUGUACAUUUUAUACAAUAAGUUCCCAAUCGCGUGUGUUAUCGCAACUCUCGUCUGUUUAUCAACUGUUGAAUGUCGAACAAAAUAUCAAGUAUGUGUCGUGGAUGGGCGUGGAAGUUUUCGCAAAGCUGCCAAAUUUUGUCCCGUUUUGGAUGGCCCGGAUAGCAAAGUGGAAUGUGUUAUAGGAUUAGACAGGCUGGACUGUUUAAGACGGAUAUCAAAAGGAAAGGCUGAUUUCUCAGUAUUUAGCGCCGAAGAUCUAGUAACCGCGAGUAAUCUACAAGUUGAAGUUCUUGUCACAAAUGAGAUGAGAUACACAAAUGAUGAGUUUGAGUAUGAAGUUGUUGCUGUCGUUGAUGAUGAGGCGCGCAUACAAACCCGAUAUGAUCUGCGCGAUAAACGAUUAUGUCAUCCUGGAUAUGGAUACGAAGCUGAUUGGACUCAGAUCCUUGCUAAUUAUUUGGAAGUAUCAACCGUGCCUCAGUCUUGCAACCCACUAUUAAGUUUAACUGAAAACAGAAUAAGUUCAUCUUCAAAAUACUUCAAAUCCGCAUGUAAGGCUGGUCCAUGGGUAAAUGACCGUGCGUUAGAUUCACAACUAAAACGCAAAUACCCAAACCUCUGCGGAUUAUGUAAUUCUCCAGGCGUGUGCUCUACGGAUGAUAAAUAUUGGGGUCGUAGUGGCCCAUUACUAUGUCUGACUGAUGGUGUGGGAGAUAUUACAUGGGCACGAUUGGAUGAUGUUCGCAGUCAUUUUGGAUUAACACCAGGAUCAUCUCUAGCUAGUACUGAAGGGUACAGUUACCUAUGCGAGGAUGGAACUACGAUACCGUUAAAUUCAACAACAAAGCCGUGCGUUUGGGUAGUUAAACCUUGGCCGGUAGUUGCUAGUAAGAGGACUAGCGCACAGGAGAUUCAAGAGUUCAUCUCGUCACUUUCCCAUUCAGAUAACAAUUCAUGGCAGUCUGCUCUACUGAACUUGAUAGAAACAUAUCAUUUAACAAUAAAAGCCGUACAGCCUAUAGAAGCUAUAGAAAGUUACUUGUCACGAGCACAGGGCUUUUUGAGCGCCAACAGCUUUCCUGGUUGUCAUCCCCCUCGCACGAUACGAAUAUGUACAACAACCAAUUUGGAAAAUGCAAAAUGUUCGUGGUUACGGGAAGUAUCCAAUGUAUAUGGAAUUGAGCCCGAUGUCGAUUGCUUAAAAGCAGACAAUAAAACCCACUGUAUGCAAGGUGUUGCCGACAACUUGGCCGACGUUGUUGCAGUCUCUGCGGACAUGGUGAACGAAGCCAAAAUGUCUUACAAACUAAAAACCUUAUUUUAUGAAACUGUAGCAAAUGAGGAAGAAAAAUACGUAACAGUUGCUGUAGUCAGAGCUAAUUCUGGUAUAACGUCUUUUGAAGGUCUACGCGGCAAGAGAGCGUGCUUUCCAAAAUACGAUGGUGUAGCAUGGAAUUCUGUAGUACACGCUCUAAAUUCUAAACAACUUUUAACAACGUGCCCAUUUAAUCAGGGAAUGUCCGAAUUCUUUUCAGACAGUUGUGUACCCAAUUUUCCAACAAAUGGAUCACCCAAUCUGCAAGUGUUGUGUAAGCCGGGCAUAUACGAUGAGGAGUAUGGAGCUAUGAGAUGUUUGACACAUGAAAACGGGGACGUUGCAUUUGUUUCAAAACAGGCAUAUUCAACGUUUUUCCAAGAUAUAAAAGAAAAGAGAGAUGCAUUCAUCGAUGCAAGGGAUUAUACGAUCUUAUGUGAAAAUAACGAUGAACCUUGUCAUUUGAGUUGGGCGCCCCCUGGUCAAGCAAUGAUAAGAAUGAAUAGCAGCACUCUGUGGAUCAAAGACACUUUAGAUGUGUUUUUGCAAAUGGAUAAUCUGUUUGGUAAAAACUUUAAAUCAGUUACCACACCAUUUACAUUAUUUGGGCUGUUUGAUGGUAAACCGAACGUUCUAUUUCAUGAUGUUACUAGUAAAUUGAGAGACGUUCCGAAAUUAAAAAAUACAGAUACAAUGCAAAAGGAGUAUAGUGAGAUAUUAGAUAAUUUUGGAGAAUGCGUUCCUGGUGGUAGUUCAACGGCUUAUAUGUGUAAUUUUUACAUGUGUAUCAUAAUGUGUGUAUUAUUGUUGUUUAAGUUUUAAUUAUAAUUUGUGUACUGUAAACUAUAAAAUAGGUAAUUGUACUCGAAUUUACGUAUCUCAUUUUCUAAUGUCAACAAGACUGCUCUUAUUAAUACGGCGAUUAUUUUAAAAUUAAUGUAUACCUAUGCUGUGAUAUAAAUUAGAAGUCAAUAAAAUUUUAUACAUUUA